CAUCUUUUUCGGAAGACGUUUUUAAUCUCUUUUGAAGAAACGAAACUUCGCAUCUUCUAGAAACAGCUUAAAGAAAAGAAUCGAAUCGCGACAGACAUUCAAGUAGUGUAUACUUGGUUUACAUCAUCGCUCUACACUGCAGGUCCACCACAUCGUACAUCGACCCGCAGGUACCGGAUACAGUGCACUUCCCUGUAGCCACUGAACCAUUGAAAAUUUCAGUACAGUGCAGCCCAUUGAGCGGGAUCCCCCAUUCGCUGCCCCUCCACCAAAAAAAAAAAUUGACCCAGCGCCAGCGGACCAACCCAGGCCAUAAACAACCGCCGCCCAACCAAACCAACCUUAGCCAUUCAUACCCUACCGACCUUUACUCUUCCCCUCCAUAUUCUUUCUAUCUUAUCCAUUCUCACGAUCCUCCCUCUAUCUCCCGCCUUUUUGCGAUCGCUUUCCUUCUUCUCUUUUGAGCUUUCCCGCGCAUCGCUCAACUUUAUAUCCCCCUUCCUCUUUCUACCUUAAUACCGUGUUUCGGGGCAAACCCCACCAGUCGAAAUCAUGAGUGUCGUUGGUAUCGAUUUCGGAACCCUCAAGACUGUCAUCGCCGUUGCCCGAAACCGCGGUGUCGAUGUUGUCACCAAUGAAGUUUCAAACCGAGCAACUCCGUAUGUUUAUACCUCUUGUUUGACCCCGUUGCUUGUCGCGCGCGGUCCACACCCCCUACCACCACCUUUAUCAGACAUAUAUACUGACAAUUUUAUUCUCUAGUUCCCUGGUAGGAUUCGGACCCAAGUCUCGUUACCUCGGAGAGGCUGCCAAGACCCAGGAAAUCUCCAACCUCAAGAACACUGUCAGCUCCCUCAAGCGUCUUGCUGGCCGACAAUUCAACGACCCCGAUAUUCAGAUUGAGCAGCAAUAUGUGACCGCUCCUCUGGCCGACUGCAAUGGCCAGGUCGGUGCUGAGGUCAACUACCUGGGCAAGAAGGAGAAGUUCACUGCCACUCAGCUGGUUGCCAUGUACUUGAGCAAGAUCAAGCAGACCGCCGGAGCCGAGCUCAAGCUGCCUGUUCAAGAUGUCUGCCUGAGUGUGCCUCCUUGGUUCACUGAUGUCCAGCGCCGUGCUCUUAUCGACGCUGCCGAGAUUGCUGGACUCCGUGUCCUCCGCCUCAUCAACGACGGCACAGCCGCCGCUCUCGGCUGGGGUAUUACAAAGCUCGACCUGCCUGCCCCUGAGGAGGCUCCCCGCCGUGUCUGCUUCGUCGAUAUCGGCCACAGCAGCUACACUGUCUCCAUUGUCGAGUUCAAGAAGGGUGAGCUCGCUGUCAAGGCCACCACCUGGGACAAGGACUUCGGUGGUCGUGACUUCGACCGCGCUCUGGUUGACCACCUCGCCAAGGAGUUCAAGGGCAAAUACAAGGUCGACAUUAUGACCCACGGCCGUGCUCUUGCCCGUACCAUCGCCGCCGCUGAGAAGACAAAGAAGAUUCUCUCUGCUAACCAGCAAGCUCCUGUCAACAUUGAGUCUCUCAUGAACGACAUUGAUGCUUCUGCCAUGAUCACUCGCCAGGAGUUCGAGGCCAUGAUCGAGCCUCUCCUUGCCCGAACUCACCUUCCCCUCGAGGAAGCCCUUGCCCAGGCUAAGCUCACCAAGGACGAUAUUGAUGUUAUUGAGGUCGUUGGUGGCGGCUCUCGUGUCCCCGCUCUCAAGGAGCGCAUCCAGGAGUUCUUCGGCAAGCCUCUCUCAUUUACCCUUAACGCCGACGAGGCUCUUGCCCGUGGUUCUGCCUUCAGCUGUGCUAUUCUCUCCCCUGUCUUCCGUGUCCGAGACUUCUCCGUCCAGGACAUCAUCAGCUACCCCAUCGAGUUCGCCUGGGAGAAGGCUCCCGAUAUUCCUGAUGAGGACACCAGCCUGACUGUCUUCAACAAGGGCAACGUCAUGCCCUCGACCAAGAUCCUUACUUUCUACCGAAAACAGCCCUUCGAUCUCGAGGCCCGAUAUGCCCAGCCUGAGCUGCUCCCCGGCAAGACUAACCCCUGGAUCGGCCGUUUCUCUGUCAAGAACGUCAAGGCCGAUGGUAAGGACGACUUCAUGAUUUGCAAACUCAAGGCCCGUGUCAACAUCCACGGUGUCCUGAACGUCGAGACUGGUUACUACGUCGAGGAGGAGGAGGUUGAGGAGGAGGUUAACGAAGACCCCGAUGUGAGUUUGUCCGAGCCGUAUAUGGCGUCCAAUGAUUUCCCCCCCGUCCAUGAUCAGGACUCGGCCUCUUCAUCGUCCGCAUCUGUUGGAGAUGAUAGCCGAGCAUAUCCUGCAAAGCGCCCGCGACUCGACGAUGAAGAAGAAACCGACUCGUCCCGUUCCGCUUUCGCUGUUCCAGAGCAUUUAGAAGAAUCGAUUUAUGAACCCCGAUCGCUAACAUCCGUUUCCCAAAAGGCCAUGGAGACCGAUAAGGAUGCCCCCAAGAAGACCCGCAAGGUGAAGAAGCAGGUCCGCAAGGGUGACCUGCCCAUCUCCACAGGCAGUGCCUCUCUUGACGACUCCACCAAGGCCAGCCUUCUCGAGAAGGAGGCUGCCAUGGUUAUGGAGGACAAGCUUGUCGCCGAUACCGAGGAGAAGAAGAACGAGCUCGAGGCUUACAUCUACGACCUCCGUGCCAAGCUCGACGAGCAGUACUCUGAGUUUGCCAGCGAAGAGGAGAAGCAGACCAUCAAGGCCAAGCUUGAGGCCACAGAGGAUUGGCUGUACGAGGAGGGUGAUGAUACCACAAAGGGUGUGUACGUUGCCAAGAUUGACGAGAUCCGCGCCAUGGCUGGUCCCAUUGUCCAGCGCCACUUUGAGAAAGUCGAGGCUGAACGACAAGCCGCUCUGGAGAAAGCCGAGGCCGAACGGGCUGCGAAGAAGGCUGAGGAGGAUGCUCGCAAGGCUGCGGAGGCCGAGAAGGCCAACACAGACCAGGAGAUGAAGGAUGCCGACGCUCCGCAACAGGAGACCGAGGGCUCUGCCGACCCCCAGUAAAUUAUGAAUAAAUGGAGGGAAUCUCGACACUGCGGAUGCAUGCUCGGUCGGCUCUGCGUGCGUGAUGCUUGCAUGAUAUGAGAUGAAUGACGCCUAAAAAGAUUACGGAUGUUGAAAAAAGAAAGGGCACCAGGUUUGGGAGAAGGAGAAAUAGAACAUGCGAUAUGGUUGCAAACGGCUUUGUUUGUUUUAUUGGAAGAAAGGGGCCCGGAUCAUCAUGACGGAUAUGUUACCCGAACGUUAGACCACCUUUUUACACUUUUAAGUUAGUAGUUAGGAUCCAUACACUCGAGUUGGGUCAGCUUCUUCUGCCACUAUUCAAUUGUGUUAUCGUGAUGAGUUGGAAGCGAUCGCCUGCCACGAAGACAAUCCUUAUGCCGGGGGCAUAUCGGACUGAAUAGCAAGGGUCGUUCAUCCAGUUCACACUCGUUACAUAGCAUCAGCAAACAUAAGAUUAAAUCAUUUCAGCCCUCGUUGGUAAAGAGCCC